ACUAAAUACAACAAUAAAAGGUUAGUCAACACUAAAAUGGUGGUUUACUUUGACAUUUAAGAUUAUAUGAAGUGCAUGUAGCCUAGCGUAUUGUUUUUCCAGACACUAGAUUUACUUUCUAAGGCAGCCACUAGGGGUACCCGUACCAACCCCGGACUGAAGACUUGGUCGAGACUAAAGCUGUCCAGCUCACUCUGGACGACAGGACAGCGAGUCAAGACGUCCUGAUAAACUAGUUUGUUUACCAUCCAGCAUAGUUAGUUCACGAAAUACAAGCUGACAAUACCGGGUUAGUCUGUUAAAGGUAGGAUCGUCAUAACAAUAGUUGUGGAUUGUGUUGAGCACUAGCUUUGUAAGGCUAACUUUACGUUAGCAGCCCACCAUUAGCUGGCUAAUGUUAAAUCAGAAUAAGCGUUAAAGUUUACCUCGCUAGCUUAACUCUUAAUCUAUUUGAUGCCUGACGGUUAAAAGCGUAACGGUGCAUAACAGUUAUAGACGGAACAGUAGUUGGGGAAGUUUUAACUCGCGUCCAAGAAUCAUGGCGUCGAUGCGGUUGAGCUCGACAACAUUUCCAGAGGAGCAGGUCUGACUUUGGGCUGUCAACAUUAGCUCCGCUGACGUUAGCUAUCCUGGCUAGCCAGCUAGCUCUCUCUCGCUACCAUGGCCAGAAUAGAGAACGGCCAUCAAUCGUUGGACACGAUGAGCAUCCGGACUAUCGGCAGCAGUCGCAUGGACGAUGAAAACUCGUUGGGAUCAGACUCGGAGAUCAACGGAUUCACCAGCGACAGACAAACCGAUAAAUAUGGAUUCAUUGGUGGGGCACAGCAGCACACGGAGGAAUCAGCUCAGGAUUUACACCCACAGGUGCUCAGGCAAAGGGAGGUGAAGUGGCUGGACAUGCUCAGCCACUGGGAUAAGUGGAUGAUCAAGAGAUUCAAUAAGGUGAGGCUGCGGUGCCAGAAAGGAAUCCCUCCUGCUCUCCGAGGCCGUGCAUGGCUCUACCUGUCGGGAGGGAAGGUGAAGAAAGAGCAGAACCAAGGAAAGUUUCAGGAGCUGGAUAGCCAGCCUGGAGACCCCAAAUGGGUAGAUGUGAUUGAGAAAGACCUCCAUCGACAGUUUCCUUUCCAUGAGAUGUUUGUGUCUCGGGGAGGACAUGGGCAGCAGGACCUGUUCCGUGUUCUUAAGGCCUACACUCUGUACAGACCAGAGGAGGGAUACUGCCAGGCUCAGGCCCCCAUCGCUGCUGUGUUGCUUAUGCACAUGCCUGCUGAGGAUGCCUUCUGGGGGCUGGUCCAAAUCUGUGAGAAGUACCUUCCUGGCUACUACAGUCCUGGCCUGGAAGCUAUACAGUUAGAUGGAGAGAUCCUGUUUGCUCUGCUGCGACGCGUCUCCCCACUAGCCUUCCGCCAUCUGGAGAAACACAAGAUUGACCCCAUCCUCUACAUGACGGAGUGGUUUAUGUGUGCCUUCUCCAGGACGCUGCCCUGGGCCUCUGUGCUGCGUGUCUGGGACAUGUUCCUCUGUGACGGAGUGAAGAUAAUCCUUCGUGUGGGUUUGGUGCUUCUGAAGUGCAUGCUGGGGAGCCGGGAGAAGCUGAAGGCCUGCCAGGGCCAGUAUGAAACCAUGGAGCUUCUCAGGGCCAUAGAGCCUCGAUACAUGCAGGAGGGCUUCCUGGUCCGAGAGAUUCUGGAGGUGCCGGUGACGGCGCGAGACGUGGAAAGGGAGAACCACACCCAGCUGAAGCGCUGGAAGAAGAGCCGCGGAGAGCUGAAUUUCAAAUCCCCCCCGAGGAUGCACGGCGCUCGAAUCAUCAUGUUGUCCGAGCCGCUAAGACGCCAGGACCUGCAGCAGAACCCCACCAUUGUACUUGAGGUGCCUCCGCCCACCCCGCAGCUCAAGAAGAAGGAAAAGGAAAAGAAAAGCAGCAUGAAGAAGAGGAGCAGCAUUAAGAAAUCCCAGCCUAUUGUGGAGAUCCCUAAUCCAUAUUCUCUUCUCAGUGACGUUCCACCGCCCCCUUCAGAUCCACCAGCUCCUCCUCCAGUCAGCAACGAGACGCCGGAGACUGUGCCGGAGACUGUGCCGGAGACUGUGCCGGAGACUGUGCCGGAGACUGUGCCGGAGACUGUGCCGGAGACUGUGCCGGAAUCUGUGCCACAGACUGUACCAGAGACUGUACCAGAGACUGAAACAGACCCAUCUCAUCAGCAGCAAGCGCCUCCUACAGACCUUCCCUGUGCCAAAGAAUCUCUUCUUAAGCGAUCCACACAAAGCCUUAGCAGCACAGAGCAGGAUACAUACCUGUAGCUCUACAGCAGUCAGCGUGUGUGUGUGUGUGUGUGUGUGUGUGUGUGUGUGUGUGUGUGUGUGUCAGUCAACGGAGCACCAGCACCCUUCAGCCAACGACCAGCCAGCCUUGCCAAGGUCUAUUAUUCUAAUGUUGGACUGUUUAGUAUUCAUUUAUUCAUUUUAGACACCGUUUUGCCUAUUACAUUACUGUGAUACACUAAAGCACCCUGGCGACGUGUACAACUACUUUGAUGCUUACGCCAUUUCUUCAUGUGAAGCUGAUGUUAACUCCUGUUGAUGCCUGAUGCUGUUAUUCAGACCUUAAGUAUUCUGUCUUCAAGAGAGACAUGUUACUGAGUCAUUGGGAGCAAAGUCAUGUCGUCAUAGCAGUGUGCUUUCAAGUUUAAAAUGGGACUUAAAGAACAAUGAGGGGCCACAGCUGAUGCAGCUUUUCUAUACAUUUCCAGUCAAAUUCAACACUAUUGAAUUCAUUCGUCGUACUGUGCAGAAGGCGGAUGUAAAUUGUCCAACUCCAUGCUUUUCAACUUCUUAAGCCAUUAUCUUUCACUCAGCGUUUAGUUCACUAGAGGGCAGCCUGGCAGAGGUUUCCGCUGUUACAUUCCCCGUUGGUCACAGCAGGGAUGGGAUUCCUUUAAGGAUUCACUAACUUUGGGAGGUACAACUCUGAGAUUGAGCUUCUGUUUUUGUGUUGUUGUUUUUUCCAGUAAGGGAGCUUGUGCAUUUCAUGUUUUUUGUUCUUAAAUUUGAAUUGACCCAUGAGAUUGAGUCACACGACACUGUGUUCAUCGUCUUUUCCUACGACCCUUAUUUAACGGACAGUUUAAACAGGACGUUUGUUGUAUGCGCAUACCCUGCUAGUGCACAAAUGGUCACUUUGGGGGGUUUUUUUGGGGUUUUUUUCAGAGUCUGUAGAAUAUAUGUGAUUUAACUCCCAAUAUUCACUGUGCCAGGCACUUGCAGACACUUUAGAGCAGCGGUAACUCCCGUUACUCUGGCAGCAGAGAGGAGCACACUGGACAUUCCUCACUGGAUGACACAUUCCUGCCUUGUUAAAAGCUUAUCAGUCUGAAAGCUGUCUCUUGCCAAAUGCAAUUCUGUAUGCGUGUAUUUGUGCAUGUGUUUCCUGUGACAGCGAGCGAGUGCAAAUCACCUAAUUGUGCUGACCUUCCUCUUGGCUUUGCUCAAAUAUCCAGUUAGAGCCAAGAAGAUCUUGGGUCUGGUUUUUUUUUUUUUAAAUAUAUAUAUAUAUAUUAUGCUAGAAGUUCCAAAGCAGAUCAAGACUGUUGUUUUGAGAUGACCUACAAACGCUACGUGUGACCAGGCGUGCUCUGUUUGAACAGUCAAGAGGGAGCAAAUGAUUUCAACAUGUCUUUGGGAUAUUUGUAGCAUUUCUCUUUUUGAAAACCUGGCUCUUUUGUUUGCGAACUAUGCAGACAUGCUGGGGUGGUGAGGCUUUUCUCUUUUCCUUUUUUUUCAAAGCAUAUUGGACAAUCCUUUUUUUGUGACGGUCCAAGUCUGUUUUCUAACUUUCAUCACAAUGAUACAAAGUAAAGGGAGUUUUGACAAGCUUGA